GAUGGGGCAGGCAGGUUUCAGGAUGGAGGAUCGUGAGGUGAAGAGAAAUGGAGGAAGAGGCCGCCGAGAAACUGAGGCGAUACUUGGAGAAAGGUGAAGCUGAUGGCCUUGGCGGCCGCGUCGGCGAGCUCACCAAAGGCCUUCCCGACCGAUUCUUCGAGUCCUUCGUCCUGCAAGGCCUUCGCCUCCGUCUCCUCGAGCCCGGCCGCGUCGUCUGCUCCCUGAAGGUUCCUCCUCGCUUGCUGAACGCAGGAAAUUCCUUGCACGGCGGGGCCACAGCGACGCUGGUGGACGUGGUGGGAUCGGCCGUGUUCUACAGUUUUGGAGCUCUCGCAAGCGGAGUUUCCGUGGAGAUCAAUGUCUCCUACUUUGAUGCUCCCUCCCUUGAUGAGGAAAUAGAGAUCGAGGCCAAAGCAUUACAUGUUGGGCAGAGCAUAGGUGUUAUCAGUGUUGAGUUGAGGAAGAAGAAUGGCAAGAUUAUUGCUCAGGGGCGUCACACGAAGUACCUGGCCGUCCCAAUCCCUAGCAAAAUCUGAUUAUACCACUCUUAUCUUCAGAUUUAUGUAAGAUAUUGAACACUUGUGUAGACAGGAAUUUGUGUUCUUAUAGAUACAGAGAUUGGUGUAGACAGUGCAAAAUAAACAAUUGAUACUCGCAAAGUCGAGAUUCGAUAUCCGCUGCGGUCGUGAUGAUCUCUGAAAGCAUAUCUUCUCCAGCGCUUCCAAGAAGCAUGUAAGUUUAUCCUCACUUCAGUAUAUUCCAGUUUUUCAUUUGAUCCUGUACUUUUGAAGAAAAUCCAUAUGAAAGAAUCGGCUCGGACGAAGCCUUAUUUACCGGA